AUGAGAACGCUUCUCAGCCUGGCGGCUGCGCUCCUCCUCCUCCCCUUCUCCGAUGCAUUGAAAUUUGACCUCAUUGCCCAAGCGGGCCACAGCGCAAAGAAUGAGCGAUGUAUACGGAAUUUCGUCAACAGAGACACUCUUGUUGUCGUGACCGCUAUUGUGAGCGGUAACCGGGGCGAUGGACAGAUGGUCAAUAUGCACAUCAAAGAUGCAGUCGGCAAUGACUAUGGCCGACCAAAGGAUGUCGCAGGCGAGAAGAGAAUGGCAUUCACAAGUCUUGCAGACACAGCCUUCGAUGUCUGUUUCGAGAAUACCCUGACUGGAAGAUCAAACACCCCCAACCCAACUCGCCAUGUGGAAUUAGAUAUCGACAUUGGCGCGGAUGCGCGAGACUGGUCUGCCAUCCAAGCCUCUGAGAAGCUUAAGCCUGUGGAGACAGAGCUGCGGCGGAUAGAGGAGACGGUCAAUGAGAUCGUCCAAGAGCUGGAGUACCUACGAAUGCGCGAGCAAAAGCUACGAGACACGAAUGAGAGCACGAAUGAAAGAGUCAAAUGGUUUGCUUUUGGUACGAUGGGCAUGUUGGUUGGUUUGGGUGCAUGGCAGGUUGUGUAUCUGAGGGCUUAUUUCAGGUCGAAGCACCUGAUCUAG